GUCCUGGAUGCGAAGGGUCUGUAAAUAUUUUCACAGCCCUAUUUUUGACUCGUGCAGUUUACAGGUCCUCAAGGGAAGGCAGGUUGGUAGCCACUGUUAUGUAGUUUGUCGCUGUCACACUCAUGCCCAUGGGAAGGACGUUAUUUAGGAAUCAGCCAUAGAAAAUUUUCCCCUGGCGGCCCCAGUGAUGGGCUUAAACUGGGGUGGGAUGUAGAUCAAAGCCCGACUGGAUUGUAUCAUCCGAUCUCUGGAUUCAUGAGCAAUCAGGCAAAAGAUGCUGGAUUCUCUCUUUGAUGAAGGGCUGUUGAAAGCUGGUGCCUUCAAGAAUUGUGUAAAAGGGAAAAGGAAGGAAGAGAUCAUAGAUUUAUGAAUGAACUUCAGGGGUAACUGAUAUGACACCUUCGCCGGCUGUUCCUGUUUUGAAACAGGAAUUAACCUGGAAAUAGACUGGUUGAUUAAGCAUAUCCAGAAAGCCAGGAAGCAUUUUUCGUUUCUUCUGAGGCAUUCAGAACGUGUCUGGCUGGUUUAGCAAGCAGCUCGCAAUAAUUAUUCACCUUAAUAAUAAAACAAAAUUAUUGGGACCUCCCGAAGUAGGUGAGAGUGAAGGAAUCCCUCGAGGCAAUUUACAAUUUUUACAUCGGCAAAAGAAGGGCCGUGUUAAAAUAGUCACCGCAAGCUUUUUUUUCUUCCACCCGUUCCAGUUUUGUGCGGUUUUCUUUUCCUUCACUAACGACAGACAGAAAACUCCAAAUGCAUUCAAAAUUCGCAGAACGUGGGAAAAGAUUUGCAGGUUUCAAUGAGAGGCUCGGAAUGUAGCAGAUUAAAAAGGGGUUUAGGAGCACUAGGGGGGGCUGUGAGUGGCUGCAACAGAUCCCAGGAAAACCAGACAUCUCGGUCCAGAAGAACGCAGGGCUAGGAAGAGCUAAGAUCCCUCAAAUUACCAGGCCUCUAGUCAAGGAUCCAGGAUUGAGGAAGACAAAGGCCAUUCAUAGGGAGGGGGAUGCCGUGGUAACUUCUUCUCCAACUUUCUGCUGAGCUCACUUCUUCAUUUCCAUCAACGGCUGGGCGUUGCGAAACUUCCUGGUGGUUGGACUUCUUCCCGUCGCUUCCUCCUCUUUUGAUAUCCCCGCUCCCGGUGCCAUCCUUGCUCCCUAGACGGCGGUCUCAAAGAAUGACAAGGCAAUUUUUUGGGCUGGGCCUUACGCCAACUCUCUGGGUUCUCGGUGCGGCCUUCCUGCUGGUUGGGGAGACGGAGGCGGUCGGACGAUGGAGCGCCAAGUUCCCAGCAUCCUUUUCAACAGAUGGUCAUUCUGGACCACCUUCUGGAAUCCAGAGCUCCACCUCCAAUGUGGAUUGCAGAGAAGUGGGAAAACAGAAUAAAUCGGACCGUUGUUCCUUCAUCCGCAAUAACCCGAACUGCAAAAUGGACAGCGGCUUCCUCAACUACCUCAACGGAGUUUUCUGCUUCUUCCCAGCGGCUCUGCAACCUUUGGCCAUCACCCUCUAUGUCCUCUGGCUUCUCUACCUCUUCGUUAUCCUUGGAGUCACGGCUGAGAAAUUUUUCUGCCCUAACUUAUCGGCCAUCUCCACCAAGCUGCGGCUGGCUCAUAAUGUGGCUGGUGUCACCUUUCUGGCUUUCGGAAACGGAGCACCUGACAUCUUCAGCGCGGUGGUUGCAUUCUCUGAUCCCCGGACAGCUGGAUUAGCCAUUGGAGCUCUCUUUGGUGCUGGCAUCUUCGUCACCACGAUAGUCGCUGGUGGCAUAGCCCUCGUCAGGCCUUUCACCGCCGCCUCUCGUCCCUUCCUGCGGGAUGCCAUCUUCUACAUGAUCGCAGUGUUCCUGACCUUUGUGGCUCUCUAUUUUGAACAAGUCACCUUGCCAGAAGCUCUGAGUUUCCUGGGACUUUACAUCUUCUACGUCUUGACGGUUGUGGUCUCAACUUGGCUUCACAAGAGGCAGCGGAGGGAAAGAUUGGCCCCACCCAGCCAUCCAGAACCAGAGCUUUCAACGGAUUCUGAAGAAGGUGUCAAUGCAAACGUAAACGGGGAGGAAGAAUAUCAACCGUUGUUGCCCUCGGAGGAGACCACCUUCCGGAUUCUGACUCAGUCCAUCAACCCUCUGGAUUAUAGAAAGUGGAGGAGGAAACCCUGCUAUUGGAAACUGCUCAAGGCGUGUAAGCUUCCUGUGGAAUUGGUCCUUUUACUGACAGUACCGAUUGUUGAUCCUGAUCGGGAAGACCAAAACUGGAAAAGGCCUCUGAACUGUCUGCACCUGGUCACCGGCCCACUCAUCUGCAUCCUCGCCCUGAAAUCUGGAACCUAUGGUCUCUACAAACUCCAGGGCGUCUUCCCAGUUUGGGGCCUCGUGGUCCUGGUAGGAGCUACUCUGGCUGCCGUUCUCUUUUGCGUCACCAGGAAUGAAGAGCCGCCAAGGUGCCACUUUCUCUUUGCCUUCCUGGGCUUCUUGGUCAGCGCCAUGUGGAUCAACGCCGCAGCCACGGAAGUGGUAAACAUCCUGCAGACGCUGGGCAUCAUCUUCCACUUGAGCAACACCCUCUUGGGCUUGACGCUGCUCGCCUGGGGAAACAGCAUCGGGGACAUGUUCUCCGACCUCACCAUGGCCCGACAAGGUUACCCCCGGAUGGCUUUUUCAGCUUGUUUUGGGGGAAUUAUCUUCAAUAUGCUUGUCGGCGUCGGGCUGGGCUGCCUUUUGCAAAUGUCGAGCACCAAAUGGCUAGUGAGGCUCGAGUCGGACGGCCUCUUGGUAUGGAUUCUAGCAGGUGCCCUGGGCCUCAGCCUGGUCAUUUCUUUCCUUUCGGUGCCUGCCCAGUGCUUCCAUCUGGGAUCAGUUUAUGGCUACUGCCUCAUAGCCUACUACCUGGUCUUUCUAACCAUCGCGCUGCUAACCGAGUUCGGGGUGAUCCGAGUUUGCAGCCUCUGAACGGAGCGUCUCCUCCGAAGGUCUCACCGACGUCUCCCAAGGCGGUUGGACCUGCCCUCGACCGUGUGACUUACUUGAAGAUGCUGCCUUCGGGGACAGAGACUUGCUGGCGACGUCUCGAAUAGCACUCGGUACCCAGAUUGGAUGCUGGUCCCGGCAGGAAGGAUGAUCAGUGAAAACUGGGCGCCAGGGAUGUGACGUUAUGAUUGACAAGCCAGUUGUUCCACAUCCUUUUGAUGCGAUUUGGGGAUUUUGGAACCCAAUCUAGAAUUAGACAACCCGUGAGGCGUCGUUCGCCCCCCCUCCCUCCAUCAAUGUUAGCUUUUGCAAGGAAAACUCCUUUGUUUAGAUAGCAAUAUUUCUUUUUUUUUUAAAAAAGGUAUCCUUUUUAAGAAACGAGUUUCGUUAGAAGUAAUUUUUUCGGUUCCUGAAUUGAAGCUUGAACGCAUCCCUCAGGUAUGGAUUUUUUUCAUCCAUUGGGGUGACCUCUGUUUCAGGGGUCUCCAACCUUAGCAACUUUUAAGACUUGUGGACUUCAAAGCUGGCUGAGGAAUUCUGGGAGUUGAAGUCCACAAGUCUUAAAGUUGCCAAGGUUGGAGAACCCUGCUCUGUUUGGUAGCAGGUGUGUCUCCGUGACUCAUAGACACCCCUGCUAUAUAAAAGGGAUGCAGUGGCUCAGGGGCUAGGAAGUUGAGCUUGUCGAUCGAAAGGUCGGCAGCUCAGCGGUUCGAAUCCCUAGUGCUGCCGUGUAACGGGGUGAGCUCCCGUUACUUGUCCCAGCUUCUGCCAACCUAGCAGUUUUGAAAGCACGUAAAAAUGCAAGUAGAAAAAAUAGAAACCACCUUUGGUGGGAAGGUAACAGCGUUCCGUGGGCCUUUGGUGUUUAGUCAUUCCGGCCACGUGACCACGGAGACGUCUUCGGACACCGCUGGCUCUUCAGCUUUGAAACGGAGAUGAGCACUGCCCCCUAGAGUCGGCAACGACUAGCACGUAUGUGCGAGGGGAACCUUUACCUUUUAUAUAUAUGCGAUACUGUGUUUCCCCGAAAAUAAGACCCUGUCUUAUAUUUUUUUUGAACCCUGAAAUAAGCGCUUGGCCUUAUUUUUGGGGAGGUCUUAUUAUUUUGGGGCGCGUGGAGCAAGAUGGGGCUCCUCUUGCCAUCUUACCUGAUUUCCAGCUCUGUCUCCCUAACCCUAACCAGAGGAAAUGGCGGGGACCGGCUGCGCAUGCGGUUAAAUAUUUUCAGGCAGGGCUUAUUUUCGGGGGAUGUCCUAUUUUCAGCGAAACACCAGUAUAUAUGAAAGAUAUAUCUUUUAUACAUGUAUAAAAGAGCUGUGGUGGCGCAGUGGUUAGAAUGCAGUACUGCAGGCUAUUUCUGCUGACUGCCGGCUGCCAGCAGUUUGGCAGAUCGAAUCUCGCCAGGCUCAAGGUUGACUCAGCCUUCCGUCCUUCCGAGGUGGGUAAAAUGAGGACCCAGAUUGUUGGGGUUUGCAAGAGGCUGACUCUGUAAACCGCUUAGAGAGGGCUGUAAAAGCACUGUGAAGCGGUAUAUAAGUCUAAGUGCUAUUGCCCUUCCUUCCUUCCCUCCCUUCCCUCCUGUGGUGGAACAGUGGUUAGAAUGCAGGAUUGCAUGCUAAUUCUGCCCACAGCCAGGAGUUUGAUCCUGACCAGUUCAAGGUAGGCUCAGCCAUCCAUCCUUCCGAGAUGGGUAAAAUGAGAACCCAGAUUGUUGGGGGGGCAAGAGGCUGUUUAGAGAGGGCUGUGAAAGCACAUGUGAAGCGGUAUAUAAGUCUAAGUGCUAUUGCUAACUCUGCCCACUGCCAAAAGUUUGAUCCUGACCGGCUCGAAGUCGACUCAGCUUUCCAUCCUUCCGAGAUGGGUAAAAUGAGGACCCAGAUUGUUGGGGGGGCGAGAGGCUGACUCUGUAACCCGCUUAGAGAGGGCUGGAAAGCACUAUGAAGCGGUAUAGAAGUCUAAGUGCUAUUGCUAACUCUGCCCACCGCCAAAAGUUUGAUCCUGACCGGCUCGAAGUCGACUCAGCUUUCCAUCCUUCCGAAGUGGGUAAAAUGAGGACCCAGAUUGUUGGUGGGGUGAGAGGCUGACUCUGUAACCCGCUUAGAGAGGGCUGGAAAGCACUAUGAAGCGGUAUAGAAGUCGAAGGGCUAUUGCUAUAUAUAAAAGGGAUCAGGCUUCAAUCAUGAGUUAUGCCUGCCGUCUUUUGACUUUUUUACCCCUUUCCUGGUUUGGACUAGAAAAAAAACAAACACACACACACAGAAGAAAACUGUCUUGCUCACGAUUGGAAUCGGAAUAUUGACUUUCAGCUACACCAGGCCCCUUAUCCAUUCGUAAGAGAGGCCUGCUAGAAACUCUGCUGCUGAAUUAUUACAUAGCAAAACCGCGACGUGAAAGGACAACCGCCAACUGCCUGUGAAAAACAGAUAACCUGGGGGAGGGUGUGUGUGUGUGUGUGUGCGUUCACUAGCACGCUUCUCCGCCUUAUUGCGUUGACCUACUUUCAGUGGUUUGUACCACUCGACACUGACUGGCAAAGCGGCUGAACGAAUUGGAUUUUAUCCAACACUGCUAAACUAAAAUUAGGAUUGAAAACCGUCAAAAAGAUUGGAGGGUGGGGGUUGGGAUGAAUGAAACUGCUCGGUUUUGUAACUGACCAGGAAAAACGUGCCUUGUGAACGCAGCCAAAAGGGCAUACGGGUUGCAAGCUUGUGACUUAAAACAAUGGGCGGCUUUUAUUGUCUCUGAAGGCAGGGAAGGGUUGCAAAUCCUUCCAGACCUGUAGGGUCCUUGGUGCUCUCUGAGCUUGGUGGGUUGGUUUUUUGUUUUUUUUUUUGGCAGAUGUUGCAUUACCCAACUAGGUAAUGUCAUCAGUGCUACGAGGUUUUGUGGAGAGGAGGAGGAGGACUGAAAGGUCCUUGGUGCUCUCUGAGCGUGGUUGUUUUCUUGUAGAUGUUGCAUUUACCCAACUAAGGGACUUCAUCAGUGCUACAAAGGGAUGGAAUUG